AUGGCCAUCCGUGUGGGAACAGCCUCGCCCAAUACCCAGGCCACAACCCCCCUCACCCUCGCCCACCUCCACGACAUCGUCUCCCGCGCCGCCGCCCAGCGCAUCGACAUCCUCGUCCUGCCAGAAGCCUUCAUCGGCGGCUACCCGCGCGGCACAUCCUUUGGCUGCGUCGUCGGCAGUCGAACCGCCGAGGGCCGGGAAUCCUUCGCCCAAUACUUUGACAAGGCAAUCGAUCUCGGCGACACCGUUGGCGAUGGAAGUGCCGGCGCGGGCGUGAAGUGGGUGAGGAGGGAGUUGCCUGGCUAUGAGCUCGGCGGGAGCGGUCGAGGUGAUGGCUCGCGAGAGGAAUUGGAAAGGAUUGCGCGCGAUACGGGUGUCUUUUUUGUGACAGGGUGCAUUGAGAAGGCGGGUGGCAGCUUGUAUUGUGCGGCGGUUUAUGUGUGUCCGAAGGAGGGCAUCAUAGGCAAGCGUCGCAAGGUGAUGCCGACGGGCACCGAGCGUCUCAUGUGGGCCCAGGGCCAUCCAUCAACUCUCCGCGCCGUCACGACCUUCAUCCGCGGCCAACGCAUCAACCUCGCCGCCGCAAUCUGCUGGGAAAACUACAUGCCCCUCCUCCGCCAGAGUCUCUACGCCCAAAACAUCAACCUCUACCUCGCCCCCACCGCCGACGGCCGCGAAGGCUGGCUCAGCCUCAUGCGCACAAUCGGCAUCGAGGGCCGCUGCUUCGUCGUCAGCAGCAACAUGUGCGUCCGGGGCGAGCCGGACUCCGCCGACGCGGGAGACCGGGAUGUCGUCCCGGUGACCGGGGGCUCGAGGCGGAGCGGCCGGAAGAGCAGCUCCGCCGUCGUUGCGGACGAUGGCUUCGAGUUUGCGGUGCCGCCGCCCAAAGUGAGGCACGGACGAAGGAAGAGCGUGUUUGACGAGGAUGGCAACGAGAUUGUUCUGUCUUUACAAGAAGACGAACCAGUUCAGCAACAAAACCAAACUACUCAGCCCGCAGCCGCUCCCAAAGCUCCGCACUUCCUCUCUCGCGGAGGCUCUUCCAUCGUCUCUCCCUUUGGCGAUGUCCUUGCUGGUCCGCAGUGGGAAGACGAAGAUGGCAUCAUUUUCGCCGACAUUGACCUGCGUGACUGCAUCCGCGGCAGACUCGAUCUGGAUGCGGCGGGAAGCUACUCAAGAAAUGACGCAUUCAAGCUGACGGUUGACGGAUUGGAUUUGGAUCCUCUGCCGUAUUGA